UCUCAUUCAUCAUUAGUCCAAUUUCCUUCACGUUUUGUCCAUGCUCACCUUCACGCGCACUUCUCACUACGCACGGACGAAAACCUACCUAUUGUACCUAUUGUACCUAGACCGCAGCAACAACAAUACUUGGCUCAGCAACCACGUCUACCCCGCAGCGAGCUGGUUCCGUCUUUUAAACCGACAACAUCGCGCUCUCGAGCUCUAUCCCCAACUUGUUUUUCAAACGCUCGUGUCGCCGUCAUGGUGGCCCACGGUUAUGUACUCGACCUGCUGAAUGACAGCUACUAUGCCGACAAACAAGAUGUCACCGGCAAUGUCGCUCCCUUCCCUACUCUCGUUCCAUACGACCAAUACGGGCACACGCCUCUCGUAUACCGCAUGAAUUACAACCACGCAGUUUUCCUUGGCUUGAUCCAAGAUUACACCAACCGACUCUCGGCACAACUUGGUAAAGAGCUUUGGACAUGGUGUGUUCAAUGGAAGGUGGUAGUUCCUCUCAAUGAUCCAGAGACGCCAUCGACGAAGAAGCCGCGUCUUGAUUCUAUGCUCCAAGCGGCCAACAAUCACGAGCAGUCAGCUUCCAAACCAGCUUAUACUAAUAUGGGUCGCCGUAUCCUUCGCUCUGACUUAUUCCAAAAUAAUGAGUUGCAUAGGGUUCUCGUGGACAUUGUCACAGUCCGGAGCUCCCUCGUACCUAACUAUGUCGAAUUUCUAUACCAAUGGAUUGACUACCAUAUGGGCGACGGUACGGCUCUACACGCAGCUGUGAAACACGAGAUACCGAGCCUGUGGCUAUUCGAACAACACCCUCGUAACCUCACCAAUGGUUCUGUGGAAAUUGACGAGGGCGAUUUACAAGCACCGACUGCUACCAUCAAAGAAAGCAAAGAUCGCAUGAAGCCGGACAUCGGUGCGCUUGAAAGGCAGACCCAGGAAAGCGAGAGAAUGCAGUAUCACGAAGUCAAGUUUGGUCUCCAGCGGCCAGUAGAUCCCGUUGACGACAUCAUCACUCCACUUCUCAACAUACCCCGGGAAGACGCCCAACAGAGGAAAUACUUCGCGGCCUGUUUCAAAAACCGCCAACGCGCUCUCUGGUUAUUACAAGAAGCUGGUAUCCCGGCCAGUAAAAUCGGGAGCUAUCAGCGUGAGCAGAAAGAAAGGGUCAGCGAAACCCCCGAAGGUGUAGCAGGUGUUGGCUUCAAACAUUACUACCAUGACCUACCGUAUGCAAAUGAGCGCCGCAUUUUCAACGAAAACAUCCUGAAACUUCGUGAGAAGCAAAGGGAGAUUGCAAUCAGCAAUCAGCUCGCCCGUGAAGCGAGCCAGCCCAUGCCAAAUAAAGCGUCUUCUAUGCGUUCCGAUGCACUCCUACCCGCGCCACCUGAGCCUUAUCGACCUAGUUCCCAAGAACUACAAUACCAAAUUGCUGAAUUGUUGCGGAAGAAGCACGCUAAGUACUAUGAGAAAGUGCCCAAAUGCGUGUAUGGAAGGCUCAAAUCGAACCUUUUUGCCAACUCCAGACCGGAUAUGCGUGUUGUGUCACCUCCCCCGCCUUCUCAUACAGACGAUGGCGAGAGCAUGAUCAUAGACUCGGAGGAGGAGGAGGAGGAGGAGGAGGAGAACGGAUAUACUGAUGAAGAACAUGAUUCUAAUGAUGAUCAUGAAGGUGUAGUCACUGACGACUAUGUAAAUUCCGGUGACAAUGGAGGCUCUCUACUGGAGGUAGCAUACCACGACGAUUUCAUUCAAUUUUCUCACAACCCCGACGUCUUUCAAGAUGCUGACAACCCCGACGAGGAGUUGUUAGACGAGAGCGAUCUCGACGGCCAUGAACAAGAAAACAUUAGCGGCUCUGCGAACGCUGAACCCGAUGGCGAUCCACUGGAUAUGAGUGGCCCUAUCAAUCCCAUAUUGGCUGCUCUUGCUGGGUUCCCACCUGCCCAGUCAAUCUCUUCUAUGAGCUCAAGCGUAUCUACACAUGCACUUAGCGAGCAACAGAGUACAAAUACUAACCCUCCAACAACUGCAUACCAACCGUAUGUCGGCAGUCAUUCCACAUCUGUAUUUGGUAACCCCAAUAUGACCGUAUCACAAGACCCCAGCUCGUUGUACUCUCAGAGCUUGUUCGGCUUGGAUGCGUCUCACGGACUGCAAGCCCAACCUCAAGAGCACACCCUUCCGUGGCGCCCCUUUCAAAGCAUUCCGAGCUCGAACCCACAGUCCAUGCCGGGAAUGUCGUCUUUCGGAGUACAGAACGCUACUGAUCAGCUUAAUCCUUCACCAUUCCAGCAAUCUCUGGCUCAAUCUACCAUGCAACAUGGUUUUCAUAACAACAUGAGCUCCAGUGAGGAGUUUUAUACUCCUUUCCAUCCGUCAUUGGACCCGUUCGCAGCUCCAAUCGAGCCACAGAGCGAUAAUCCAGCACAGUAUUUGAAUGAAAGGCCUUUCCGGCAAUCGCUGGCACCAACAACAUUUGAAUCUGGAGCUCAGCAUGACUUAUCGCCGUUCAAUGUCACAACUGCACAGUCGUUGCCUUUCCAAAACAGUGCAUAUCAAAGCACUGGGUCGACGCCGUUCGGUCCCCCUAUUCAUCCAUUCUCGAGUACAGGAAGUACCCAAAAUCAAGACGAAAUUGAAAACAACCCAUUUCUCAACACUGCUCCAAACAGUCCGUAUCUUAACGCUGUUAACGCAAUGGAAUCUCAGAAUGCGAUCGGGAGCAACCCAUUUCUGAACACAACUUCAAAUGUUCAACAUCUCAAUACCCUCGGACCACAGGGAGGGUUGAAUGGAAGCUCUGGGUCGGCCUCAACACCCUCAUCAGGACUCUUUCCAUCUGCUGCCCGCGCACCACCCCCAGCACCACUCAAUCUGCAAGCCGGCCACACCAACGGACUCUCCAACCUUCACGGCGGGAAUGCGACUGCAUCAUCUCCACACGUCAUGACACCACUUGUCAACAUGGCCGGCAAUUUAACAUUACUUUCUCCGCAGGCCCCUCCGCAGAAAUUCGCUAUACCGGAGCCAGCUUCACAAAAUGAGCUACAGAUUGCCAUCUACUUUCCCAAGAUCAUCUUCUCGGAAGAUGACAUACUAUCAACACCAGCUACAGAUUGUAUCAUUUUAGGUCGCACCAUUCCUGGCAGCCAUCGCCUUGAGCUUGAGAAGGCCAUUUUCCUCCCCGCACAUAUGUUCGAUAGGAUAAGGGAACUCUCCCGCAAGGGCAAAUGGCGCAUUGCCGAAUCCUAUCCAUGUCCAACUGAGCAUCCUGCUAGCUGCAUUCAUGGACACAGUCUUUACUCCAAGUAUGCGAACACGCCCGACGACAUCCAAGGUUCCCACCGCAUUCUAUACGGCAAGGUGCUGCAAGCGUACAACCUAAUGACGCAGUGCUCAGACCGGGAGGAGGAAUUGACGAAGCGAUGGCGUGUCACCAAAGGUCCCUUGCUUUCCAGGGAUCGAGGCUCGAUCUGGGAAGGAUGGGGCGUUUAUGUGGAUCGCCCGAUUGAGAUGUUUGGUGCAGAGCGAAAGGGUGCUAUGCAGUUCGAGAGGACCGAUCCACCAGAUAUGAAUGACCCGGAGGAGAUAUACGAAGAGAUGCGCAGGAAGGAGAUUGACGAAAUGAUUGAGGAGGACGAUAGGCGGAAUAUGCUGGAGGAGUUGGUAGAGGAUCAAUUGGCCAUGAAUGAGGAGCAGCGGAUGGCUUUUGUCGACAGUAUGAUGGCGGCUUGGGAGGAGGAACAGGCUAGGCUGCAUGGUGGUUGA